UAAAUUGACGGUCUGCGACUUAGUACUGUUGCUGUGCGCCCUGAAAUGUUUGAUGCGGCAGCCAAGAUGUAGCACAUGUACUAUGCUGGACAAUUAAAUUUAGAGACACCGUAAAAUGAUCAUACGUACACCGUGAGUCCGUGACCUUGCCGUGCAAUUGCCGUGACCCGUCCCCAAUCAUCAGGUACACGUUCGCAAGAACGUGGAUGACGACAUUCAAUUACACAGCUCGUAUGGGAUGUCUGGAUGUCUGUGCAUGGAUCGCGUAUAUAUAUAUAUUGACCUGGAACUAUGUCGGCUUGGACUUAAACUACAUAUAUGUUGCACUAAUAUCGCUUUGGUUGUAUGACUACAUACUGUGCCUGCCCGACGCGGUCACUUUUGUCGCAAAGUCUCGAUGGGGGAUCGGCACAUUUCUGUAUCUAGCUUGCAGCCACCUGCCGCUUGCCUUCAUAUUACUUAAUAUGCUUGUGGUUUUUCGGCCUGAUUCCACACCCCAUCUUUGCCGCUCUUAUAAUAUCGCUAAUACCUAUGUAGGCAUAUUGACGAUGUUUUGCGCUGAGUGUGGGUUCAGCAACCGUGCUAGCCAGCAGUACUUCUGCGCUCUAAUAUUUGCAUUGGUCUAGGCAUCUUCUUACUCAGAAUAUAUGCAGUAUGGGAGCGGGAAAGACGGUUCGCGGCGUUCUUAUUCGUCUCCAUCAUUGCCUAUUUAGUGCCAAU